AUGCAACGUUCGGUCCUUGAAUAUGCUACCGGACCCUCGAAUCCAAAGACCUUGCCAUUUCUUGUACCACCUAAUGGACCCUCUGAGGAGCACUUAUACCAUAACCAGCGAGCCCGAUCUGGCCAAGCAAAGAACUUCAGUGUUUUUGCCAUCGGGUUGAUGUUAGGACUGGGCUUGCUCGUUAUAUGUGUCAAUCUAGUCCUUGACCGCCUUCAAUGUGAAAAGGAUUUGAAAGACUACCGCCGGUUAGCGUGGAAAUCGAAUGGGCUGUUUCAGUUGCAAAGAUUGGCUCACGAGGAGGCAGGCUUUGGGACUUGGGAGCGCCGUGCAAAGAAUGUGCCAGUCACCGCUCUGGGCGAGACACUCGCUACUCUGGACGUGAACUACCCAGAGCAUCCUAUGGUGCUGAAGACCCCAGUGUUGUCAAAUCAGCCUAUGCAGCCAAAAUCCAAUACCACGCAUAUCGGUAGUCCACAGACGACAGACACCACCGACAUCACUGCUUUAUUUGCGGGAAUCGAACCGAAGCCUGUAGAUGGAGAACAUGAAGCGGAGCAUCCUAAUUCAUCAUCAUCGGCGAACAGCACUGGCGGUCCAAAUCUCGGCAUUGCAAUGCAGAUUGAGUCUACGCCUGGUAAGCGAUUACUUGGGCCGGGACCGAGAAGGAACUCUUUGUAA